AUGGUAGUGUGGGCAAGGAGGUACGGUAGGGUGGGCAAGGAGGUAUGGUACGGAGGGCAAGGAGGUAUGGUAGUGUGGGCAAGGAGGUACGGUAGGGUGGGCAAGGAGGUAUGGUAGGGUGGGCAAGGAGGUAUGGUAGGGUGGGCAAGGAGGUAUGGUAGGGUGGGCAAGGAGGUACGGUAGGGUGGGCAAGGAGGUAUGGUAGGGAGGGCAAGGAGGUAUGGUAGGGUGGGCAAGGAGGUACGGUAGGGUGGGCAAGGAGGUACGGUAGGGUGGGCAAGGAGGUAUGGUAGGGUGGGCAAGGAGGUAUGGAAGGGUGGGCAAGAGGUAUGGUAGGGUGGGCAAGGAGGUAUGGUAGGGUGGACAGGAGGUAUGGUAGGGUGGACACGGAGGUAUGGUAGGGUGGGCAAGGAGGUAUGUAGGGUGGGCAAGGAGGUAUGGUAGGGUGGGCAAGGAGGUAUGGUAGGGUGGGCAAGGAGGGAUGGUAGGGAGGGCAAAGAGGUAUGGUAGGGUGGGCAAGGAGGUAUGGUAGGGUGGGCAAGGAGGUAUGGUAGGGUGGGCAAGGAGGUAUGGUAGGGUGGGCAAGGCCCCCUAGUGAGAGAGAGAUGGGGAGGAAACAAGUUAGAAGGUCAGAGAGAGAGAAAGAGAGAUGUGUGUGAGAGAAAGGGGAGAGAGAGAGAAAGGGGAGAGAGAGAGAGGGAGAGAGAGAGGAUGAGAGAGAGAGAUGAGAGAGAGAGAGAGCUAUCAGAUGAGAGAGAGAGAGGGAGAGAGAGAGCUGGAGGAGAGAGUCAUUGGAGAGUGGAGGAAUGAUGUGGGGGUGAGACAGAGAGAGCAGAGAUAGAGAAGAGAGAGAGAGAGAGAGAGAGAGAGAGAGAGAGAGAGAUGGGGAAGUAGUACGCAUCAUUGUAGACAUGCUGAAAGAGGUUGGACAGAGAGAGAUAAACUGGAAGCUGAACAGUCACCCGGAAAACAAGAAGAUAUAUAGAACACUGGAACUGGAGAGAGAGAGAGAGAGAGAGAGAGAAGAAAGGGGGAGAACGUGGGAGAAAGAUAGAGAGAGAGAGUUGUGGUAGAGCAUCAUGGAGAAAGUCUUCAUCACCAUGGUUACCCUUCUGUUAAGUGAGUUCACUCAGUUGUAUUACAGUUUUAUUACAUACUGUAGGUAUCUAGUGUGUGUUUUAUGUAUUCAUGAUAGAAAAUAGUGUGUAACAGUACAUUUAGAAAGAUGAAGUGUUGGGGUGACAGGUUUUAAUAUGAACUGGACUAUUUCUCAUGUUUUCAUGUGACAGCACUGUGUCCAGUUGAGUCAGAGUGUCACGAUCGUCAGGGAGAGAAGUAGACCAAUGCGCAGCGUGUUGAAUGAACAUGUUUAGAAUGUAUUAAAUAAAGCACGAACAAAACAAUAAAUGACUCGUAACGUCCAACGGUAAACAAAUACCGACACGGAACAAAAACCCACAACCACAAGGUGAAAACAGACAGUUUAAAUAUGGCUCCCAAUCAGAGACAACCAGCGAACAGCUGACACUCGUUGCCUCUGAUUGGGAGUCACUCAGGCAAACACAGAAAUAGACAACCUAGAACACCCAACAUAGAAACAGAACACAUAAACGAACACACCCUGGCUCAACAUACAGAGUCCCGGAGCCAGAGCGUGACAGUACCCCCCCCCCUAAAGGCGCGGACUGCGACCGCGCCUCAACAAAACCCACACAGGGGAGGGCUGGGUGGGCAUUCCUCCUCGGAGGCGGCUCCGGCUCCGGGCUUGACCACCACCCUUCCAUAAUUCCCCCGUAGCGCCCCUGAUCCGGUCUGACCCCGCUGGCUGGAUCUGGACUGGACAUCGACGGAGCGGAUUGCUUACGCUCCGUUGUGGAGCAGCUGACCGGUACCUGAUCAGGCACCAGACUGACGACGCGCACCCCUGGCUUGGCGCGUGAGGCAGGAACGGACCGGACCUGGCUGACGAUGCGCCCCCCUGGCUUGGUGCGUGGAGCAGCAACGGACCGGACCGGGCUGACGACUCGCACCCCUGGCUUGGUGCGUGGAGCCGGAACGGGCCUCACCGGACUGACGACUCGCACCCUUGGCUUGGUGCGUGGAGCAGCGACGGGCCUUACCAGGCUGACGACUCGCACCCCGCGCUUGGUGCGAGUAGCAGGAACGGGCUGAACCAGGCUGACGACUCGCACCCCUGGUUUGGUGCGAGUGGCAGGAACGGGCUGGACCAGGCUGACGACUCGCACCCCUGGCUUGGUGCGAGUGGCAGGAACGGGCUGGACCAGACUGACGACGCACACCGUAGGCUUGGUGCGUGGAGCAGGGACAGGCCGGGCUGGGCUGGCGAUGCACACCGUAGGCUUGGUGCGUGGAGCAGGGACAGGCCGGGCUGGACUGGCGACGCACACCGUAGGCUUGGUGCGUGGAGCAGGGACAGGCCGGGCUGGGCUGGCGACGCACACCUUAGGCUUGGUGCGUGAAGCAGGGACAGGCCGAACUGGGCUGGCGACGCACCCCGUAGGCUUGGUGCGAGAGGCAGGAACAGGCCGGACCGUACUGGGGACACACACCACUGGCCCUACGCAGGGAUCAGGAACGGGCCGGACCGGACUGGUAACACACCCCAGUACCUCUCGCCGUGCCUCCACACUUUCCCUCUCCUCUGUGACCAGUGGCCCCCUUAACCUGGCGGCCUCCUCUGCCAAUCCGCUGGGCCGCUCUGCCGCGGUCUCCUGCUGGCCCGUCGUCCACGGCGUUAGCCCCCCCCUAAAAAAAUUCUGGGGGUCUCUCUUCCCCGUGGGCCAGGCCUCUAUAUUUCUCACCCAACUCUCGCUCUCCUGCUUCCAACUCCAGCCAUUCUGCUCCUCCUUAGGCUUGACCCAGUCGAGACUCUUCCUCCACUGUUCCCAAGUCCAUCCACUCUGCUCUUUACAAGGCUGGACCCAGUCGAGGUUGCCACGGAGAUCUGCAAGCGAUUCCCCUGGCGAUGGCUCCUGGACACGCUGCUUGGUCCAGUUUUGGUGGGUUUUUCUGUCACGAUCGUCAGGGAGAGAAGUAGACCAAUGCGCAGCGUGUUGAAUGAACAUGUUUAGAAUGUAUUAAAUAAAGCACGAACAAAACAAUAAAUGACUCGUAACGUCCAACGGUAAACAAAUACCGACACGGAACAAAAACCCACAACCACAAGGUGAAAACAGACAGUUUAAAUAUGGCUCCCAAUCAGAGACAACCAGCGAACAGCUGACACUCGUUGCCUCUGAUUGGGAGUCACUCAGGCAAACACAGAAAUAGACAACCUAGAAAACCCAACAUAGAAACAGAACACAUAAACGAACACACCCUGGCUCAACAUACAGAGUCCCGGAGCCAGAGCGUGACACAGAGGGUUUGGCAGUGACUGGACUUGUAGGAGGACAGGUGAAAAUCAAAUGCUCACAUAUAUUUGCACAGAGCAACAAAAAAUACUUCUGCAAGGACACCUGCACUGGUUCAGAUAUUCUGGUUCAAACUGAGGACAGCAAGAACUAUAUUGAGAGAGGGAGAUACAGUAUAAAUGACAUAGGAGAUGGAGACUUCACUGUUACCAUCAAGAGCCUGAAGAUGUCAGACUCUGGGACCUACUGGUGUGGAGUGGAUAGAUUCUUCAUAGACACGUCUCAGGAAGUGCUUCUCACAGUACUGGACGGUACGUGUUUCAUGUUGUUGUAUUUACAGAGACAUUUAAUUUCACAGUUUCUCUUCAGUACUAGAACUCUAUUGUCUUUAGUAUAACAUACAUUAGUAAUAGUAUUAGUACUGAAGAGAAACAGUAAUAUUCAGUAUUAGUAUUUAGCUGCACAUCAUUCUUAUUAAGGGGCAGAAUGUUGUCUAUUACUCAGUAUCACACUGUGGCUAUUACACACAACACUUCCUGUUCAGCUUCCCUGUUCUAACAAUACAGUCUGACAUCGGUCUUAUAUUUUUCUUUUCAGCUCCGCCUAUUCAGCCUGACAUCACUAGGUCCAGUCUCCGCCCCCCUGUCAUAGUAGUCAUAACAACAGGUAACCUCUAAACCAGUGGCACUCAUUAUUGGACCCUGGCACUACACACCUGAUUCCACUAAUCAACUCAUCAUCAAACCUUUGAUUAGUGGAAUCAGGUGUGUAGUACUAAGGCUAAAACUAAAUGAUCACCCCUUUGGGUCCCCAGGACCAGGAUUAAGAUACACUGCUCUAGACAUAGAUUGAGACAGUACAUCUGCAUUCUAAGCUGCCCAGCAUCCAGAUACCAGGGUAUACAGUCCAUUCAGAAAGUAUUCAGACCGCUUGACUUUUUCCAAAUUUUGUUAGGUUACAGCCUUAUUAUUUUUUAUUUUUUUUCUUAAUCAAUCUACAUACAAUACCAAAUAAUGACGAAGCAAAAACAGUUUUUUAGAAAUGUUUGCAAGUGUAUUAAAUAUAAAAAUCAAAAUAUCACAUUUACAUAAGUCUUCAGACGCUUUGCUACGAGACUCCAAAUUGAGCUCAGGUGCAUAUUGUUUCCAUUUAUCAUCCUUGAGAUGUUUCUACAACUUGAUUAGAGUCCAACUGUGGUAAAUUCAAAUGAAUGGACAUGAUUUGGAAAGGCACACACCUCUAAACACCUGGAGAGUAAACAUUCUAUCUGCCUAAUUCUUCUCUGCAUGCACUCUCUCUCCCUCUCCAUCCAUCUCUCUCUUUCUCUCCCCGUGACUCUCUCUCUCCCUCUCCAUCCAUCUCUCUCUUUCUCUCCCUGUGACUCUCUCUCCCUCUCCAUCCAUCUCUCUCUUUCUCUCCCUGUGACUCUCUCUCCCUCUCCAUCCAUCUCUCUCUUUCUCUCCCUGUGACUCUCUCUCCCUCUCCAUCCAUCUCUCUCUUUCUCUCCCUGUGACUCUCUCUCCCUCCCAUCCGAUCUCUCUCUGUCUCUCCCUGUGACUGCUCUUUCUUGUGACUAUCUCUCAUCUCUCCAUCCAUCUAUCUCUUUCUCUCCCGUGAAUCUCUCUACCAUCCCAUCCAUCUCUCUCUUUCUCUCCCUGUGACUCUCUCUCCCUCUCCAUCCAUCAUCUCUCUUUCUCUCCCCGUGUGACUCUCUCUCCCUCUCCAAUCCAUCUCUUUUCUCUCCAUGUGCUCUCCUCUCCACCAUCUUUUCUCCCUGUGACUCUCUCUCCCUCUCCAUCCAUCUCUCUCUUUCUCUCCCUGUGACUCUCUCUCCCUCUCCAUCCAUCUCUCUCUUUCUCUCCCUGUGACUCUCUCUCCCUCUCCAUCCAUCUCUCUCUUUCUCUCCCUGUGACUCUCUCUCCCUCUCCAUCCAUCUCUCUCUUUCUCUCCCUGUGACUCUCUCUCCCUCUCCAUCAUCUCUAUCUUCUCUCACUGUGACUCUCUCUCCCUCCAUCCAUUCUCUCUUUUAUCUCCGGGGACUCUCUCUCCCUCUCCAUCCAUCUCUCUCUUUCUCUCCCUGUGACUCUCUCUCCUCUCCAUCAUCUCUCUUUCUCUCCGUGACUAUCUCUCUCCCCCAUCCAUCUCUCUUUACUCUACAUGUGACUCUCUCUCAAUACCAUCAUUCUCUUUCUCUCCCUGUGACUCUCUCCUCUCAUAUAUAUCUCUGUAUUAACUGUGGACUCUCUCUCUCUACAUCAUAUCUAUAUUUUCAAAAGUGUACUCUCUUACCUAUAGAAGAGAGGGCUAUCAUUGGGACAGGAAUCAAGACAAUAGAAAACAUAUCUAGUCUUUCUCAGUGAAUCUCCUAUGAUAAUGACGAUAAUCUAGGGCGUCUUUCUCUCUGGGACUAGCUCCCUCAUCACACUAUCUCGCUCUCUCUCUUCUCUCUGUACGACUCCUAUCUCGCUCUCUCUAUCUGAUCUCUAUCCUCUCGUCGUAAAUCUCUCUCAUCUCUCUAUCUCUCGCUCUCUCUCGUCUCUCUCUCUCUCUUCUUAUCCUCUAUUCACGCUCUCUCUCUCUCUCUCUUCUCUCUCUAUCUCUCUCUCUCUCUCUCUCUCUCUCUCUCUCUCUCUCUCUCUAUAUCGUGGCUUUUAAACGUCUAGGGUGGAUGGACAAGAGACCCGUAACAUAAUUCAUGCAAAUUAGAAUCGUGACAUGGAACAGUGAGAACAAAAACUACACGACAACCAUAAAAUGUUUAUUUUUGAACACACAGUAAAGGUUUGGGAAAAAGGGCUGAGCAGGACCCAAGAAAUGAAACAAGUGUAAAAAAAAACUAAACUGAUCUUGCCUGCCUCAAGAACCGCUAAGCUACUGCUAAUCAUACAAAAAUACAGUGGGUGGUCCGCUCAGGUCUAACUAGUGUUUUUAGACUGUUUUCUUCCUACGGGUAAUGUAUGCCCUAGGGCAACUUGCUUAAAUUCCCCUUUUCCCAGAAACACACAACAAAGUUACCAAACAGAGUAACCAGCAAAUGAGUGAGUACACAAAACACCACAGUAUCCAUACUCACAUACGGAAAAUAGUCUCUAACAAACUUACCAAACAGAGUAACCAGCAAAUGAGUGAGUACACAAAACACCACAGUAUCCAUACUCACAUACGGAAAAUAGUCUCUAACAAACUUACCAAACAGAGUAACCAGCAAAUGAGUGCGUGCACAGGACACCACAGUAUCCAUACUCACAUACGGAAAAUAGUCUCUCACAACAAACACAACUGACUGGCUUUUAAACAAUGGGAUGUGUGAUUGAAAAACCAGAAACAGGUGGUGCAAUGCAGAGGAAUGUCCACUGAUUGGUCCACCUCAGCAAUCAGCAGACACCCCAACGACCACCGAUCAGGAACAUACAGGACACGUGAUUAGGGCAGAAGGAGAGGAAAAACACAAAAAGACACAGGAUACCUGUAUACGUAACAGAUGGUGUAUAUGUUAGUCUCUCAGAGGCCUAGAGGAAGUGAUGCAACACUUUAGGUUUUGUGGAGAGCUGCUGCUGACGCCAUGGCCUCUGUUGCUAAGGUUACUAUGAUCACUAUCUUACUCAGAGUCUCUUCAUUUAUCAGACCUUUAUGUUCUGUCUGUCUGUCUGUCUGUCUAACUGUCUAACUGUCUGUGUGUCUGUCUUCCUGGCUGCCUGUCUGUCUGUCCGUUUCUUUGUCUGUCUGUCUCUUUGUCUGUCUGUUUGUCUGUCUGUCUGUCUGUCUUACUAAACAGCUGACCAACCUUCCAACCUACCUUACUUUAUUGAGUGAUCUAUCCACCAAUCGACCUAAUGACAGUUGCAGCUAUCCAUCUAUGAUAUGUAUAGUGUGGAAAGCAUAGGGUUUGCAAAAAUCUGGUAAUUUCUGGAAAAACUGGGAAUUUUGAGUCUCUCCUCUUGUCUGUGGUCAGGUCUGAUUGUAUCAAUGAUAUAUACAGUAUUCUGUAAAGUCUCUCCUCCUGUCUGUGGUCAGGUCUGAUUGUAUCAAUGAUAUAUACAGUACUCUGUAAAGUCUCUCCUCCUGUCUGUGGUCAGGUCUGAUGGUAUCUAUGAUAUAUACAGUACUCUGUAAAGUCUCUCCUCCUGUCUGUGGUCAGGUCUGGUGGUAUCUAUGAUAUAUACAGUACUCUGUAAAGUCUCUCCUCCUGUCUGUGGUCAGGUCUGAUGGUAUCUAUGAUAUAUACAGUACUCUGUAAAGUCUCUCCUCCUGUCUCUGGUCAGGUCUGAUGGUAUCUAUGAUAUAUACAGUACUCUGUAAAGUAUCUCCUCCUGUCUCUGGUCAGGUCUGAUGGUAUCUAUGAUAUAUACAGUACUCUGUAAAGUCUCUCCUCCUGUCUCUGGUCAGGUCUGAUGGUAUCUAUGAUAUAUACAGUACUCUGUAAAGUCUCUCCUCCUGUCUGUGGUCAGGUCUGAUGGUAUCUAUGAUAUAUACAGUACUCUGUAAAGUCUCUCCUCCUGUCUGUGGUCAGGUAUGAUGGUGUGGACCAGUGUUGGUCUGGUAGUCAUGGUGACAGUGUUAGGACUGGUCCUGCUCCUGUUCUACAGACAGAGGAGAGGAACCAGGAGAACACCACCACCACCACCAGUCUCCUCCAACACACAACCUGACCCUACUGGAGAGGUGAGAGAUACAAGGGCGUGUUUGUGUGUGUGUGUGUGUAUGUAUAUAUGUGUGUGUGUGUGUGUGUGUGUGUUUGUGUGUGUGUGUCCUCUAGUGGAUUUCUACUGUAAUCUGUUAUCAUUCCUCAAUCUGUCAACAUGAAGAAGUUGCUGCAAACAUCACUUGUAAGUUAGACAAGUCAGUUUCAACAGAUAAUGGAUUCUCAGACUCAAAGGCUGCGUUAACACAGGCAGCCCAAUUCUGAUCUUAAUAAUUGGUCUUUUGACCAAUCAGAUUAGAUAUGUUGCCAAUAAUUGGUGUCUGUGUAAAUGCAGCCAUAUUAACCAUGUAGUUCUUCAUUGACAUUGUUUGGUUUGCACCUUGACUCACGUUGGUUGAGGGCCCUCCACUUCUUUUCAUAUCUGACCAUGUAGUUGUUGUCAUUGGCUCUCUAUGCAGGUUGACUGUGUGUAUGAGGAGAUCAGAGAGGCAGACAGACAGACAGACACACUUCCUGUGGUCCUCUCUUCAGUCUACUCUACUGUCAACUCGCCUACCAACUCUUCAACCUACCCUGCUGGUCAAGACUCUACAACCUACCCUGCUGGCCACGCCUCUGCAACCUACACUGCUGGCCAAGCAUCUACAACAUACCCUGCUAGCUCCGCCACAGGUAUUCUACAGAUUGAUGGGUAACUGCAUACGUGGAGUGUGUUUGAAAGUGGCCGUUGCCAAAUAAGUGGGAGGAGCAACAUAAGUGGGUGUUUGGAAACCUAACAGCUAAUUGGGCAGUUUGGUUUCCACUCAAAAUCGAUAUGUGUGGCUGCUUGCUUUUUCCUUGUAUCAUUUUAGCUAACCCUAACCUGUUUCCUAACCUUAACCUCCUUCUCCUAACCUACUAGGUUAGUUCUCCUAAACUGCCAUGUUAGUUAUCCUAACCGACAAAUUUAAUUAUCCUAACCUGCUAUUUUAUUUAUUGUAACCUGCCACGUUAGUUUUCCUAACCUGCCACAUUAAUUAUCCUAACCUGCCUUUUUAAUUAUCCUAACCUGCCACCUUAAUUCUCCUAACUUGCCACGUUAAAUCUCCUAACGUGCCACGUUAAUUAUCCUAACCUCUCACGUUAAUUCUCCUAACCUGCCACGUUAAUUAUCCUAACAUCCCACGGUAAUUAUCAUAAACUGCCACGUUAAUUAUCCUAACAUCCCACGGUAAUUAUCAUAAACUGCCACGUUAAUUAUCCUAACAUCCCACGGUAAUUAUCAUAAACUGCCUAACCGGCCUCGCUAAAAUGCUACAAGGAAACAGCAAGCAGCCACUCAAAACAGUCUUGAGCGGCAACCAAUCUUCCCAAUUAGCUGUUAUGUUUCCAUACACCCACUUAUGUAAAUCCUAACACUUAUAUCGCAAUGCUAACUGUCACACACACUCCACAUAUGGUGUUACCCAUACUUGAUUCCACACUGUGACAUGCUAAUGCUUCCCCAAAGAUGAUAUAAAUCCAAGCUAUUCUACUGCAGAUCAUCCAGCUUCUCUCAUCUACUCCAAUGUGAAUCUACCCACAGAUUCUAGAGUCUCUUCAAGCCCUCCAACAGCCAGUGGAACCCAGGAUGAUUCCAUCUAUUCUACAGCCCAGCUACCCAAAGAUACUGUAGAAUCUACAAGAUACCCUGCUGUACACCUCUCUAAAGACACUCCAGAAGACGCCAUCUACUCUACAGCCCAGCUACCAAAAGAUACUGUAGAAGCUACAAGAUACCCUGCUGUACACCUCUCUAAAGACACUCCAGAAGACGCCAUCUACUCUACAGCCCAGCUACCCAAAAUAAUGUAGGACUAUAUAAUCUAUACAAGGGAUGCGUCUCAAAUGACACUCUAUUACCUAUCCCCCAUAUGGCCCUGGUCAAAGGCAGUGCUCUAUAGAGAACAAGGUGCCAUUUGGGAUGAAGGGAAGCUCCCUGUAGAGAGAUGAAGGGUUGUCACCACAGAGCCGCCAUCUUGGAAUGACAUGAAAAAAAAAACAAUCCCUUUCAUGUUUCAAUUCCUCCUUGACAUAUUGUAUUCAAACAGCUCAUGUGGUUUUACUGUAUAUAAUGUGUGUAAAAUAUGAACAUCUGGGUUUAAAAUAAAUUUUAUCUCCAGAUUUUGUGAAAGUCAACCAACAUUUUUGUAAAUAUUUGUGUAAAUAUGAACUAUGUAUUUAGUCAUAUCAUUUUGGCUUCAUUUUGGCUGUUAUAAUAAUGAAGACAGUAAUACCAUAAUAGUCAGUUGUACCUUUGAGAUUUACAUAUCUAUUAUAUAUGUACAUAAACUGUACCUUUUAACUUUUAAAGUAUUUCAAUAAAACUCAUCAAAAUGUUUAAAACAGUGUGAAUAUGGAGUAUUAGUGUGUGUGUGUGUGUGUGUGUGUGUGUGUGUGUGUGUUUGCACGCAGGCAGGCACACACACACAUACACACACUGAAAAGCCAGUACUGGUGUAUAUGGGGUCAGGUCUGGGGAUGGUGGUGUGUGUGUUGGUCCUCAUUCUCAUCAUAUUCAUCAGACAAAGGACCAGAACAAAGAUAACUACUGGUGAGACACACACAUGUUGUUUUACUAUCCUUGUGGGGACCAAACAACUGAUUCCCAUUCAAAAUCCUAUUUUCCCUAACCUUUAACCCUAACCCUAACGCCUAACCCUAUACCUAACACCUAAUCCUAAUUGUAACACUAACCCUAAUUCUAACCCUAACCCUAAACUUAACCCUAAGCCUGAAAUAGCCUUUUUCAUUUUGGGGAUGAAUGUCCCCACUUGUCCAUAUUUUCCUUGUUUUACUAUCGUUGUGAGGGCUUCUGGUCCCCACAAGGAUAGCAAAACCAAACACACACACAAACACACAGACACACAGACACACACACACACUUAACCACUCGCAGGUAGCUUAGUGGUUAAGAGCGUUGUGCCAGUAACCGAAAGGUCGCUGGUUCUAAUCCCCUAGCUGACUAGGUGAAAAAUUUGUCGAUGUGCCCUUGAGCAAGGCACUUAACCCUAAUUGCUCCUGUAAGUCGCUCUGGAUAAGAGCGUCUGCUAAAUGACUAAAAAUAUUACAUAUCCUCAGAAUCUGUUAACUCCAGAAGGACUGCCUUCCACCCCAUCUACUCCACCCCGACCAAUCAGAACCUAGAUACAGCCCGUGACAUAACCACAACAACCACCACAACAACCAAUCAUUGUCCAGAUGACAUAUAUUCCAACUACAGAGGUUGCGGGCACUGUGAGCUAUGUUACUAUCAACUUCCCCAGAGAUCCAGCCUGUCUCCACUAUGUUACUGUCAACUUCCCCAGAGAUCCAGCCUGUCUCCACUAUGCUACUGUCAACUUCCCCAGAGAUCCAGCCUGUCUCCACUGAGCUACUGUCAACUUCCCCAGAGAUCCAGCCUGUCUCCACUAUGCUACUGUCAUCUUCCCCAGAGAUCCAGCCUGUCUCCACUAUGCUACUAUCAACUUCCCCAGAGAUCCAGCCUGUCUCCACUAUGUUGCUGUCAACUUCCCCAGAGAUCCUGCCUGUCUCCACUAUGCUACUGUCAACUUCCCCAGAGAUCCAGCCUGUCUCCACUAUGAUACUGUCAACUUCCCCAGAGAUCCAGCCUGUCUCCACUAUGCUACUGUCAACUUCCCCAGAGAUCCAGCCUGUCUCCACUAUGCUACUGUCAACUUCCCCAGAGAUCCAGCCUGUCUCCACUAUAAUACUGUCUCCUUCAGUACAGACUCUGAUGCUAGUAACCACCCAGACACUCACCCUACAGAUGUAGACACCUCAUAG